AUGCUUGUAUUUCCUUGUUUCUCUUUCAUAUUCUUUUCAAAUUCAACCUCUUCUCCUUUAUCUAUCCUCAAAUCCCAAAAACCUCAUUUCCAUUUCUCUCACCUCACAUUUUCUUCAAAACUCCAUCUUUGAACUCCAAAAAAAAAAAAAAAAAAAAAAUUCAAAUCACAAAAACCCCAUUUCCACUUUCCUUUCUUAUACUUAGAUCUCUACUUCUUUCAUCUCACAUUUGGUUUAAAGAUUCAAUCUUUGAACCAAAAAAAACAAACAAAAACCUCAUUUCCACUUUCCUUUUUUGUACUCAGAUCUCCACUUCUUUCAUCUCACAUUUGCUUAAAGAUUCAAUCUUUGAGCCAAAAAACCAAACAAAUAUCUCAAAUCUCAAAAACCCCAUUUCCAAAUUCCUUUGUUAUACACAAAUUUCCACUUUUUUCAUCCCAAAUUUGCUUAAAGAUUCAAUCUUUGAACAAAAAAACAAAGAUUCUUGAUUUUCAGAUGACUUAUGUGAGAUGAAGGAAAAAACACAAACACCCAUUUCUUCUUUAUAUUUUCUCCUCUUUUUUUACUUUUCUUUAUUAAGUUUAGCCUUUUCGCAGCACACAAAUGCUGAGUUCAAAGUCUCAGAAAAUGGCCCUUUAACUGAAUUUGAAGCUCAAUACAUCAAACACAGGCAACUUUUGUACUACAGAGAUGAAUUUGGUGACAGAGGUGAAAAGGUCACAAUUGACCCUUCAUUUGUUUUUGAAAACAACAGAAUCAAGAAUGCAUAUAUUGCAUUACAAGCAUGGAAACAAGCCAUAAUUUCAGAUCCUUUCAAUCUUACUGCAAAUUGGGUGGGUCCCAAUGUGUGCAACUACACCGGAAUCUUCUGUGCUCCCGCACUUGACAACCCCAAAAUCCGUACAGUCGCCGGCAUUGACCUUAACCACGGCGACAUUGCAGGGUACCUACCAGAAGAACUUGGCCUUCUAGUCGAUCUUGGAAUUUUCCAUAUUAAUUCCAACCGUUUUUGUGGUACAAUACCAAAAAAAUUCAAGAAUUUGAAGAUAUUAUUUGAGUUGGAUUUGAGCAACAACAGAUUUGCUGGGAAAUUUCCUUAUGUGGUACUGAGUUUACCUAAGUUAAUAUUCUUGGAUAUAAGGUUCAAUGAGUUUGAAGGUAAUGUACCUUCACAACUUUUUGACAAGCCCUUGGACGCCAUUUUCAUCAACCACAACAGAUUCAUGUUCGAAUUACCCGAUAAUUUUGGUAAUUCGCCGGUUUCUGUUAUAGUACUCGCGAACAACAGGUUCCAUGGUUGUCUCCCCGCUAGUAUUGGUAACAUGAGUAAUCUGAAUGAAGUUAUUAUGAUGAACAACGGGUUACGUUCUUGUUUGCCUACAGAAAUUGGAAUGUUGAAGAAUUUGACGGUGUUUGAUGUUAGUUUUAAUCAAUUUUUGGGUCCAUUGCCGGAGAAAUUUGGCGAAUUGGUUAAUUUGGAGCAGUUGAAUGUGGCACAUAAUAUGCUAUCGGGGUCUAUUCCGAAGAGUAUUUGUCAACUGCCUAAGCUUGAGAAUUUUACUUAUUCUUAUAACUUCUUUACUGGUGAACCACCGGUUUGUUUGGGGUUGCCGGAGUUUGAUGAUCAAAGGAAUUGUUUGCCAAACCGGCCUGUUCAACGGUCCCCGGCUCAAUGCAAGGCUUUUUCAUCAAAGAGGAUUCAUUGUGGUGCUUUCAAGUGUCAUAAGUUUAUUCCGGCUUUGCCACCUCCUCCGCCUCUUUCACCACCUUUGCCUGCCCCUCCACCGCCUGUUGUGGUACCUAUAUCUCCUCCACCGCCAGUGUUGUCUCCGCCUCCACCGGUUUAUUCACCUCCUCCACCGGUUUACUCGCCACCACCACCUCCACCACCAGUAUAUUCACCUCCUCCACCGGUUUAUUCGCCACCACCUCCACCACCACCGGUUUAUUCACCUCCUCCACCGGUUUAUUCGCCACCACCGCCACCACCUCCACCACCACCGGUUUAUUCACCUCCUCCACCAAUUUAUUCACCACCACCACCACCACCACCGGUUUAUUCACCUCCUCCACCGGUUUUCUCACCCCCGCCACCAUCACCUCCUCCGCCAGUUAUGUCACCACCACCACCAACUCCACUACCAAUGCCACCUUAUUGUAUACGCUCACCUCCACCUCCACCACCAAAUUCUCCACCUCCUCCGCCGCCACUUACUUACUCGCCUCCACCCCCUCCCCCUUCGACCUACUAUUAUAAUUCACCACCACCUCCUCCACCAAACUCACCACCACCUCCCCCACCAAACUCACCACCACCACCAGUUUACAUAUACUCAUCACCACCGCCCCCACCAGUAUACUCUUCACCCCCGCCCCCUCAUUCACCUCCUCCUCCAUCCCCGGUUCCUUGUAUAGAACCCCCACCCCCACCUCCUCCUUGUAUAGAACCACCUCCACCACCAGCUUCUCCAUCACCUCCGCCACCAGUUUAUUACUAUAACUCUCCGCCCCCACCAUCGCCUUCACCAUCACCAUCACCUCCGCCACCAGUUUAUUACUAUAAUUCUCCACCCCCACCAUCGCCAUCACCUCCACCUCCCGUUUAUUAUAAUUCUCCGCCCCCACCAUCACCAUCACCUCCACCACCAGCACUGCCCCCACCAUCGCCUUCACCACCAGUUUAUUAUUAUAAUUCACCACCCCCGCCAUCUCCAUCACCACCGCCACCUACUCCAGUAUAUGAAGGGCCAUUACCACCAGUUAUAGGAGUUUCAUAUGCUUCUCCUCCUCCACCCCCCUUCUAUUGAUUCUUUAAGAAAAUUUCUCUCUAACUCAUCCUCAAAACACAAAAUUAUACCUACAGUAGAUUGAAGUUGUGGAGAAUAAAUUUGGCAAAGAAAUGAUUGCAGCUUUGCAGGGAAAUUGUAUUGUAUAGAGAUGAUCAUAAUCUGGACUAGAAAAGCCAGUUUACAGUGCUUGUUGUAACUGGUUUCCUCCUUUUUUUUGGUGAGUUUUAUUGUUAUUAUUCAGCUUCUUUAUUUUUCUUUUAACCUUUUUAAUGAAUCAUACUUUGGUUUCUUUGUCUUUAUUUUGGUCUUCCAUAAUAAUAAUAGGAGUAAUAGUAUAGUGAUGAGCAUUUUUUAUUUGUAUUGAUUCUCAGAAUUCAGAUCAUAUUUUUCUAUUUCUUAUGGAUGUUUCUUCUUUUA